AUGCCACUAGAUACAAAGCCGCCAAUCAUUCCAGACCUUGCGUCCACGCAGCCUCAGGCUGCUAAGGGGGACAAGAAAUGGGUUAGGCGAGUGUUGCACCCGGGCGCACUCUUAUUGAUCUUCGCUAUCUGGGGAAUUCUACACUAUUCUCGGGGGUCUUUCACAUUCGAGAAUCUUAAACAUGGGUCUCCUUCCUCGCCAAAAGAAGAUGAUGAGUUCAAGUGGGAGAGCAUUAAUCCCGCCAAAAGCCUUGUUUAUCACCCCUGUUUUGGGGAGCACCAAUGUGCCCGUCUUGAGGUUCCAAUGAACUACAAUCGCACAGAUGGUCAGGGUGCUACAGUUGCAGUGGCUAUUAUUCGACGCCCGGCUAAAGUCCCGGUUACUGAUUUGCGAUAUGGUGGGCCUGUUAUCUUGAAUCCCGGUGGGCCUGGUGGGUCUGGGGUUCAAAUGGUCCUUGCUAGUGGGGAGAAAAUACAAAAUAUUGUGGAUUUCGAGGAGCUGCCUGGGGAAUAUUCAGCUUUGAAUUCAGAAGAUGCAAAAUAUUUCGAUAUUCUAAGCUUUGAUCCCCGAGGUAUGAAUAAUACUACUCCUGCCUUCUCUUGCUUUAAGAGCUCUGAAGAACGCAAUGUCUGGCUGUUACAUACGGAGGCUGAGGGGAACAUUGGCAGUUCAGAUAUUGCUUUUGAUACUCUCUGGGCACGAGGCCAGGCGUUCAGUCAGACAUGCAAUAACCCUGGUUCCGACAUCCUAAACGGCUCGGAGUGGAUUGGGAAUUUCAUGAACACACCUACAGUCGUGGCGGAUAUGGUACAAAUCAUUGAGCGACAUGGUGAAUGGAGAGAGAAGGAAACAAACAGACUUUCGAAGCACGGGUGUCGCUUUAGUAUGCUUGGAACUGAUUCGAUGGCUGGAAUGAAAGAAGUUGAAUUAAAGAAUCGCUGGAAGCGCGACGAAGAGAAGAUCUUGUACUGGGGAUUCUCCUAUGGUAGUGUCUUGGGGACUACAUUUGCGGCCUUGCAGCCACAUCGAAUUCAACGACUCAUCGUUGAUGGCGUGGUUGAUGUCUAUGACUUCUAUGAGGGCACCUGGCUCGCAAACCUUCAAGACGCGGAUGCUGCGCUCGGCAAGUUCUUUGAAUAUUGUCAUGAAGCUGGCCCAAGUAACUGUUCCUUCGCCUCGAGCGACUUGAAAGAUAUUCAGGGCCGAUUUAAAGACGUAUUGGAAGGUCUUAAGAUGGAUCCUGUUGCUGUCCCUGCUUCCAAGACCAGAGGAGCUGAGAUCGUCACCUAUAGUGAUGUCAAUAAGAUGAUUAUGAUGGCCCUUUACAAACCAGUGCUACUUUUUCCCCUUGUUGCACAGGUGUUCACUGAUCUUUCGCAGGGAAAUGGCUCUUCCUUUGCGGACUAUAAAUAUGAGCAGCGGAAUGAAAUGAAGGCUUGUAACCACAUGAUCGAGGCCCAAGCUAGCGUCAUUUGUUCGGACGGAUACAAAUUAUUGGGAAUGACGAAAGCUCAGUACAGAAACCAUACUCAGAUUAUGCAAGGGCAAAGCCAAAUUCUUGGAGAGGAAUGGCCGGCUCUUGGUAUGGCAUGUCCUGGUUGGACCACAAGGCCCGCGUGGUCUUUCAAUGGGUCUUUUGUUCAAAACACAUCUCAUCCUUUACUCUUCAUUGGGAACUCAUAUGACCCGGUGACUCCUAUUAGAAACACUUAUAAAAUGUCCCGUGGGUUCUCGGGCGCUGAAGUUUUACAUCAAAACUCCGUCGGCCACUGCUCAAUCUCUACCGCUUCCAACUGCACCGCGGGAGUAGUCCGAAAGUAUUUUCAGAUUGGUGAGCUUCCGACUUCUGGCACAGUCUGUGAGGUCAACGAGCGGCCCUUUCAGCUUCCCGGGCUUGUAGCGGCUUGA